AUGUUUGACCAUACUCAACAAUUUGUAGAUGUAGAUGGUUUUAAAAUUGAUCUUUCAAGUGAAUUUGGCCAUGGAGCCUUUUCCAGAUGUUAUAGAUGCAAAAAUCCAGAUAAGAAAAUGGAUCUAUGUGUUAAAAUUAUACAACUAUCCGAAAAUUCGGUUGAUGUGUUUUCUAGGGAAACAGAAAUUGUGGAGAGACUCUUACAAACGGAUUGCGAGUAUCUUCAAGUAGAAAAACCAUUGCUUUAUCUUUAUGGAAUACUGCAUGUAAGGAGAUCUAUAGCAAUUUCUUAUUAAAAUCUAAUAAAAUCCAAAUUAUUUAACAAUUUAAAUGAUUUUAUCAAUCUUGGAGUAGCUUAUACAAGGCUCAAGGUGCUUUACCAAAAUAGAAUUAUUCAUAGAGAUAUAAAACCAGCCAAUAUAUUUUUUGGGAACAAUGGAACAUUUUAGCUUGCGGAUUAUGGAGCGGGAAGAAUCUUAGACAAUCCCGAAGAGUUAUUUAUGAGAAGUGGAAUUGGAACUCCAAUUUAUGCUGCUCCCUAGGUAUAUCAAGGAGAAAAUUAUACUAAUAAAUGCGAUGUUUACAGUCUUGGCGUAGUUAUUUAUGAAAUCGUCUAUUCAAAAGUUCCUAUUUUUGCUGCAUCUUAUUAUCAAUAUUUUGAAGCUUUAAAAUAAACAAAGGAUAAGAAAAUAUAAAUAACUGAUUUUCCAAAAAAUAUAUUCGGAAUGCCUUAGGAGAAAGAGAAAUUGUAUUAAUUUUUAAGUUAAUCGUUAAUUUACGAGGAAUCCUCUCGAAUAAGUUGGGAGGAAUUGUUCGAAAUGUUUCCAAACCAAAAAUCAACUUUCAAAGUAAAAUAAAAUCUCUCAGAAUAAAGAUCUAAUGCUACUAUUAUAUAAAAAGUCGAAUCCUAAAUCUUCAUUUCUAACCGAAGUACUCUGGAGAGUGAUCUCCAAAGUUCUGUAAAAAGGCUUCAAGAUAGUUCUUUAAUGUUUAAUAAAUUUAUCUCAGAAUUAAUAGAAGAUCAAGAGAAGAAGGAUAUUUCAGUAAAGUAAAUCGAUCGCAAUGAUUCAUUGAUAUAAUCUUAGAGAACUGAUAAUAUUUUACAAAGGCUUAUAGAGUGCUAUUUAGCAAAGUGCACGCUUUUUGCUGAAAGGUUGUUCAUUAAAAAUAACAAUUUCCUUGAUUUUUUAAAAAAUAAUGAAAAUAGUGAUUUUUCUAGGCCUUAUGUAUCUCGUCUUUACUACUACCUAAUAUUACUAAGUGGAUAUCAAUUUUCAAGCAUUUUCAAUGUAUAUAAUUUAGUUUUCUAAAAUCAAAAAUAUUGGGAUGAAUUAGAAAUCACACAAAAAAAAUUUGUUGAAAAAUAAAUAGAGUUACUUUUAUAGGAUAAAACUGAAGAUUUGAAAGUGCAAAAGAAAUUUGUUAAACAACUAUACAUCUAAUCAAAUUAUCUUUUCAAAGAUUAGAGAGAACGGUUUAAGAUUAUCAACGAAAAUAUAAUAUUAACUUUUAUUUAGAAGAAAUACUAAGCAAUUCUUUUUCGCCAAAAUAGUAUUACAAUUAAUAUAAAAAACAAUUUAUUGAGUUAAAUUCUGAUUAUCUUUGAAGAUGAAAGCGAAUUUCUAAUGGAAAAUAACAUGUAUCACUUAGCAUAUUCUAUUGACUUUUUUAAGUUAGAAGAAAAAUAUGAUAGUUUUCUGUCAAUUUUAGACUUUGAUUACAAAAAAGUUGUUUAAUUGCCAGAUGAUAAAGAAUCCUUGUUACGAGCCAUAAAAAAUUACUUCAAAGAUUUAAAAAACUAAAAACACUGA